AUGUCUUCGUUUGUUGUUGCCAAGAAUGCUCUUACCUCAAGCCAAAUCCUCGACAAUUUGGAUAACUGUAAAAACACAACCGUAGGAGCAAACAAGUACCAAUUGUACUGUCUAUCUACGGCUGAUGUCUCUGGAAGUUGUGUUUUAUUACCUUCAAGAUAUAUGCCAAAUGGCGAGAUCAAUUGCUUCACCGUGACCUCUCAAACGUUCUUGGAAAAGCUAUACGAAGACACUGGUAACUCUUGUGCCAUCAAUUGCUUCUAUCCUCUUUCACAAGUCCAAGUGCCCACCAUUCCUGCCUACACUUAUAGUUAUAGCUAUAGCUACAGUUAUAGUCUUGAUCUUCCUGCUUAUACCACUCCUGCUGCAAAUAACCCAACUGCUACACGUUUGCCUGGUGCAGGCAUUCAAACAGUGUCUGGUUUGGAUGCUGCUGGCACCCAGCCUGCUAUUACUGCUGCUCCCAAUGCAACCCAAUCUGCUACGCCACUACCAGCAAAUGGAUCUGCCACAAUAGGCCCCGAUUUCUUAUGGACAUUCAUGGCUAUGUUUGCAACCAUGUUGAUGUUUGUACGCAAGACAAUGUAA